AUGAAGAAUGAGAUGAUCAAGUUGAAUGACACCAAGAAUAAGAUCAAAUCAUGUCUUGGUCUGAUUGAACAAGUUCAACAACCAGCAGUUCAACACCAAUUCAACAAUCACAUCAUCAAUAUGAUUGACAAUGGAUACUCUGUACUCUCAUUGGACACAUUCAAAUGGACAUCGCACAGGAAUGUAUUGCCUAGGAAGGUGGACCAUAGUUCAACAGCAACAGUUUACAUUCGUGGCCACAUCUACCAGUUUGGAGGUCACACCUCACCAAAACGAUACACUCGUAUCUCACUUGCCGAUAAUAAGUGUCAUGAUGCCAACAUUGUUGGAGUCAGUGGUGGCUCCUAUAUAUCAACAUGCUUCGAUGGUGACAAGUAUAUCUAUCUCGUUGGUGGACUCGGCGACAUAAAGAGACAGAAAAGCGUGGAUCGCUUCAACAUUGACACUCUCCAAUUCGAGCAUGUUGGCGAGUUACUAACACCAUUUACCGAUGGUUUGCACCACCACAACAACAAACUCUACCUGGUUGAAUCGAUGGUUGAUGGUAACAAUGUUACUUGUAUUGGUUACAGAAUCAAGACGUUCGACUUGUUGACCCGAACCAAUGAAAUACUGAUGGAGAUAAAAUGCACUGAAUACAUUGAAAGCGCAUGUUUCGAUGGCAUUGACAACUUCUUUGUAAAGACCAAUGAAUUCCAUCGAGUCACACUGUCAAGCAAACUGGUGACCGUGCUUGAGCAGUGUCCAUCAUUUGGCAACUUAAUGUAUGAUGCAACAGCUGAUGGUGUCAUCUUCAGCAUUGGUGGAAAGAACAAAAUCAUCUUUAUUCAAUUCAAGAUAACAAAUGGACAUUGA